CCGCAUCAUUCUCACUGAAUACAUCGAGUGAACAAUACCAGCGAUGAAGUACCAGUUGGCCUUAGCCCUUUUCGUCACAAACUGCGCAAGCCUUGUAGCAUCUUCCACAGGUCAAGGAGAAGAAGACGGGGUCUACGGGAAGUGUCGCCGAGCCUUUCCGCUGCCACCGUGGCGGUCGUCCUACAGAGUAAUGUGCACAUACAUGUGCAGAGGUUGGCCAAUACGGUAUGAGAAUGAGCCCGACGGAAUUCCAUGUGGGGCGCUUGCAGCAUUUGUCAAAACACACGUCUGCAGUGGUGGAAAAUGUGUGAGCGCUCCAUCCGUCGAAACCACGACAAGUGGGGAAGAUUACGUCACAACUUUGCCGCCAACAGUUACCGAAGCGCAAGCGGUAACCGAGGACCCAUACACCUCUGAGGAGGACACCACUAUUUCUCAUUAUGCUACGACAGUAGAGGAAGAUUAACCUUAUAUGUCCGCAGGAGACUCUCCAUCUCAAUGCAAUGCCUGAACCAUGCAGGGUUACUUUAUCUGCACAGGGUUGGACGUAAGAAACUUCGCGGCAACGCCGCUGUGAUAAAAAUCACCGAAAGCUACAAAUAUAACUGUCUUCAUAAAUACAGCAGUAAAAAAUAUGGUUUGGUCAGACAAGAAUUGGUGAAUAAUAUAUUUGCCCAUUGUCAUCAUAUUUUUGCUCGCGAUACAUGCCUCAAUUACCCGUGCGGAUAUCGCUUUUAUUGAAAUAAAGUUUAGUUUUGCGAA